CCCCGCCUCAUCUCGUCUCUCAAAGAUCUCUAUCAUCGUUCACAGUACAGUACAGUUCCACAACACAGUCACACAGUCAUAGAGCGGUGUCACAAUGGCCAACCCAUCCAUUUUCACCCCCAAAUUCACCAAUGAGCUAUCCCAGCAUCUAACUCGCAUACCAACCAUACAAAUCGAUUCCCUGUCCCGACUAACCCCCGACCGACUCCGCCAAACAGCAUUUCCACACAUUGGCUCUAUCGAGCUCGUCCACUCCCAGGAUUUCAUGCCCCUUUACAACCAGUUGUACGUCGACAUGUUUCCCAAACGAACUGAACGCGAAUCUUCCGCCUUGAUCGUCGAGCGUUUGGCCGCUCAAGCCAUUGGAGUCCGUGACGGUCUGGCUCCCUAUCAUAUCGUGGGCAUUCGCGAUCAUGCCGGAAAUGCCAUUGGUGCAGCUCAUUUCUCCGUGUUGUGUCUGCCGCCCGAUGUGAAUGGGAAUAAGUUUGCGGUUCCGUAUCUCCAAUAUAUAUAUGUGCGACCGGAGAAUCGGCGGCAGGAUAUUUCCGAGGUGUUGCAUACGAUGGUUUUGGCGGUUGCGAGUGCGGAUGUUGGGAUUGAGGGGCGCACGGUGCCGUUUACCUUGUUUGAGACGGAACCCGCGGGAUAUGGUGAGGAUGAAAAAAGUAGGGCGGUUUCUUUACAGAGGACGAAAAUCCAUGCUUCGGCGGGGAGUGUGGCUUUGGUGCUGCGAAGGCAUUCGGAUGGAAAGGUGCUCAGUGCUCAUGUCCAGCCCGGUCUAGAGGGGGAUGAUCAGCCUUUGACUCUUACUUGGGCGAUUCGAGAGUCGCCGAAUCAGAAUCAGGGUCCAGGUCCGGACUAUAAUGUUGCAAGCAUUGGUGCACACCUUGUUGCUGCGUAUUAUCAAAGUCUCAGAGAUGAAGGGUUUCCUUUAGACAAUAUCCGUCUCGCUGAGUCUAUCCUACAAGAGCGCUGCGUUGAAUCAACCUUUGAGACAAUGGCCUUGGGAGACGUUGUGGCCCACGUGAACUAAACUUAUCUUAUAAACUAAACCCACUCCUUUAACGAUUUAGACUAUAGAAUCAUACUAUAAAAG